UAAGUCUACCCCAUCUUAUUCUUGAAUUAAUAUUUGAUCCUUUUUUUUUCCUUGUAGAUUUAAUGGAACCGAAUUCUUAUUAAAAUACAGAGGAAAGCGCAUCAUGUUUGUUGGAGAUUCACUGGGUCAAAAUCAAUGGCAUUCCCUUGCGUGUAUGAUUCAUGCAUCACAACCACAAGUCAAGUAUAUCAUGGAUAAAAUUGGAAGGCAAUAUACAUUCAGCCUCCCCGAUUACAAUAUUUGGUUAUUGUUUCUUGGGAAUCCUCUCAUUGUUGACAUUAUCACGGAAAAAGGCUCAAGAGUACUGAAGAUUGAUUCAAUCCGUUCGGAAAAUGUCUGGAAAGAAAUGGAUGUUUUGGUGUUUAAUACAUGGCAUUGGUGGAAUCGCACAGGGAUUAAUAAACAAACUUGGAAUAGCGUUCAAGAUGGGAAUACUACAUACAAAGAUAUGAACAGAUUAGAACUUUACAAAAAAGCACUAAAUACAUGGGCAAAAUGGGCUGACUCUAAUCUCAACUCCACAAAAACAAGAGUCUUUUUUCAAGGAGUUUCUCCUGACCAUGAGAAAUGUGAAGGAAAAACAAGACCAUUGCAAAGUCCAGGAAGUUUGUUUCCAGGAGAAAUGGAACUAGAGAACGUUGUGAAAACAAUGUCAAAGUUAAAUGUUCGUUUGAUCAAUAUAACGAGCUUGUCACAAUAUAGAGCAGACGGUCACCAAUCCAUCUAUAGCUAUAAAAUGGAUUGCUUGCACUGGUGUCUACCUGGGGUCCCUGAUGCUUGGAAUCAACUCCUUUACCACCAUCUUAUUUCAUAGUUUUAGCACAUUUUGCCCCUUUUUUUCUUCUUAAUAUACUUUUCUUUUAAAUUUUGCAUGGAAAUCUACACGAAUUUAUAACUCCUUUAAACCUGGGGAAUGAAUUUUGGCGAUUCUGAGUACCUUUCCAUCUAACUUAUCAACUACCUCUAAUUAAGAGGAAGAAUUCUGAUCUUGUUAUAC